AUGCCCGUUCCGGCCGUUUUUAUCGUUUGCAAAAGAAAGCGUACCGCUUCCAAUAAUAACCGUAGUAAUUCCAAUGUUUGGUUGGGAAUUAAGUCAAAAGUCAUAAGUCAAAGUCAUGACUUUUUAAGUCACUUUAAGUCAAUUUUUGCAUAA